CAUAGUUAUUUUUUUUUUCCUCCUACUCUGGGUUUGUUUGUUGGAACAAUCGUUUUAGGUUUCCCUGCUUUCCUUCCUUCAUCGUCACCAUUUCCUAUAGACUGUUCCUUUUUUCCCAUAAGAUUAGUAGUUGCUUUGGAGGUUAGGUGGCUAACUCCUUUGGUUUCUUUUCUUUCUUGGUUUGUGGACGUGGACGCUUCCUUCAACCACAAUUUUCGUUCCUAUUUCCAUCUCUAAUGUGAAAAUUUUAGCAUAAUUUAAUGUUUUCCAUGACCUACUCCCUCCCUCCUUCCUUUACCUGAUCCCAAUACUGUGUUCUAAGACUUGGUCGUCUUUUUACAUCAUUAUUAGAAGAAUAUUGGGUUGGAUCCAAUCAUUCCUUGGUACCUUCUAUUUUCAAUACCCAAUUCAGUUAGAAUUCUCAUACCUACAGGAUCCAAACAUUUCACUUGAGACCCACCAUACAUUUACUUUACUGGGACCCUAAUAACUGUUCAGUUCAUGAUCUACUGUGAAAUACACUACUACACAUAAUUGUGGAAAAAAGUUUCUCUUUUCGGUUGUGGGUUUUUAUAUGUACGAUUUGGGAGCGACUAUGCCUGUGGGAAUGGAUUUUCCUCCUCCGUUUACUAUGUUAGAGGCCAAAGACAGUGCAUUUGUGGUGGAUGAUCAGAAAUCAGGGGAUUUGAAUGAUAUAAAACCGAUGACUAAGGGUAAGCCUCCACGCCAUGCUUCGACUUUGAGGCACAGCAUUAGCAACACCAGAUUGCUGGCCAUAUCAGAUUUGAGUUUGGAUGUGGGGGUUACUGGGAGCAAGUCAUCUUCUGAAGAAAACACGGAGUUUCUACCAAUACUUCGGUCAGGAAGCUGUGCUGAAAGAGGACCUAAACAAUAUAUGGAAGACGAACACAUAUGUAUAGAUAAUCUUAUUCAGCAUAUAGGUCCUGCUUCAACUAUUCCUUUACCUGGAGCUUUUUAUGGGGUGUUUGAUGGCCAUGGGGGUACAGAUGCAGCUUUGUUCAUAAGAAAUAACAUCCUCAGAUUCAUAGUUGAGGACUCCCAUUUUCCAACUUGCGUGGGGGAGGCAAUUACAAGUGCGUUUGUAAAAGCUGAUUAUGCAUUUGCAGAUUCUAGUUCGCUUGAUAUCUCAUCUGGCACCACUGCUUUAACUGCUCUUGUAUUCGGAAGGACCAUGAUAGUUGCCAAUGCUGGGGAUUGUAGAGCUGUACUGGGGAGGCGUGGUAGAGCAAUUGAGAUGUCAAAAGACCAGAAACCAAAUUGCAUUUCAGAAAGGCUAAGGAUUGAGAAACUUGGCGGGGUGGUAUAUGAUGGAUACUUGAAUGGCCAGUUAUCUGUUUCCCGUGCCUUAGGAGACUGGCACAUGAAGGGUCACAAGGGUUCUGCCUACCCCUUGAGUGCUGAGCCAGAGCUGCAGGAAAUCAACCUGACUGAGGAUGAUGAGUUCUUGAUUAUGGGCUGCGACGGCCUAUGGGAUGUAAUGAGUAACCAAUGUGCUGUAACCAUGGCAAGGAAAGAAUUGAUGAUACAUAAUGAUCCUCAAAGGUGUUCAAGAGAGUUGGUCAGAGAGGCUCUUAAGCGUAACUCGUGUGAUAAUUUGACAGUUAUCGUGAUAUGUUUCUCCCCAGAUCCUCCUCCUAGGAUAGAGACACCUCCUUCUCGAGUCAGGAGGAGUAUAUCGGCAGAAGGCCUCAAUUUACUUAAGGGUGUAUUGGACUGUUAGUGUUAGCUCGUGAUGAUUAUAUUUAGAGGUUUAGAAAGGAUGGAUAUUGUUAUUGUUGUGUGUAUAAAAUUAUUAUCGAUUAUUGAUGUCGAGGUUGUUGGAGGAUCCUCGCCCUCCACUGCUCUCCCAUACAUUUCAAGCUUAUUUUAUUUGUUCACCUUUGACCUUCCUAACAUUACUUAGAACUGUUUUGUUGUA